CUAACUCCCUCAUCGUUCAAUACACCAAAAGCUUCGAAUUCUCUUAGAUUAACAAACCAACAUGAGUUCACCCCAACCCACAACACUCUCAUCAUCCUCUCAAUCUUAUUCCAAAUUUGAUGAGAUUCGAUGGGUGAUUCAGAUCCGUCAAGCCCUCGAACAAGUGCAGGAGGAUGAUGAUCCUGCUGCUGAAGCCCCAGUGUGCAUCUUCAAUGUCCCCAAAGCCCUUCUUGCCAGUGAUCCAGAUUCUUAUACUCCACAAGAAGUUGCUCUUGGUCCUUUCCACUGUUUGCGUCCGGAGCUCUAUGAGAUGGAGAGGUACAAGCUAGCGGCAGCAAGAAGCACUCAAAAGCAACUCCAAUGCCGUAAGUUCCAAAAUCUGGUUGACCAAUUGAUAAAGCUUGAGCCAAGGAUCCGAGCAUGCUAUCACAAGUACUUGGAUUUCAAUGGCGAAACGUUGGCGUGGAUGAUGGCCGUCGAUGCAUCGUUCUUGCUCAAGUUCCUUGGAAUCUACGCCAUGGAAAAAGGAAAAGUGAUGACAAAAGUUUCCUCUAGAAUGUCACACUUGGUGGACUAUGGCGGGACGAAGUCGGCACAUAAUGCAAUUCUUAGAGAUAUGAUAAUGCUUGAGAACCAAAUCCCUUUACUUGUAUUGAGGAAAGUGUUAGCAUUCCAAUUCUCGUCGCCAGAGUCUGCCGACGACAUGUUGCUUUCAAUGUUGAUGGGGUUAUGCAAAGAGCUUUCACCUUUCAAGCUCAUGGAAGACCCACCAAAGAUUCAAGUCUCAAAGGCCGCCCACUUGCUAGACUUUUUGUACGACAUGGUCGUGCCAAAAAUGGAAGAACCACCGGAGAUAAUUAUCGAAGUUGAGCCCCUGAAUGAAGGCAUGGAAGGGGAGAAGAAAUCUUCCGCAGACUCCAGUUACGUGAAACAAUUCCUGGAUGAGACUUGGAAGCUACUUUCAAAAUUAAACCGUGGCCCAAUACUUCUUAUCAAGAAGGUAUUAGUAUCUGGACCCGUAAAACUCAUCCUAAAAUUGCCAUGGACAAUCCUCUCCAAGCUUCCGGGAUUCUCAAUCUUAAAGCAACCCGUGGAGUAUUUUUUUUCCUCGCAAGAUAAAGAAGAAGCCAAGCCAGCAAAUGAGACUUCAAGUUCAAACAAACCACCGCUGGUGGAGGAAAUCUCAAUCCCUUCUGUGACUGAGCUCGCGAGUUCCGGCGUCCGUUUCUUACCCACAAACGGUAGCAUCUCAACCGUUGCUUUUGACGCCAAGACAUUCACAUUUUACCUCCCCAGAGUCAGUUUAGAUAUCAACACGGAGGUGGUUUUGAGAAACUUGGUAGCAUAUGAAGCUUCGAAUGCAUCAGGGCCGUUGGUUUUUACGCGUUACGCCGAAUUAAUGAAUGGGAUUAUUGACACUGAGGAGGACGUGAAAGCGCUUAGAGAGAAAGGGAUCAUUUUGAACCGUUUGAAGAGCGAUGGAGAGGUGGCAAAUCUGUGGAAUGGAAUGAGCAAUUCCAUCAGAUUGACAAAAGUGCCAUUUUUAGACAAGGUGAUUGAAGAUGUGAAUAAGUAUCACGGUCGUAGAUGGAGGGUUAAAGUUGGAAAAUUUAUGAAGGCUUACGUGUUUGGUUCUUGGCAGUUUCUCACAUUGCUUGCUGCAAUUUCUCUCCUGCUUUUGAUGACAUUGCAAUCGUUUUGCUCGGUUUAUAGCUGCGCUCGCAUUCUUCCUGUCAAGACCACAGUCCUAUGAGCUUCUUAGGCUCUUAGCUGUUCUUAUAUAUAUAUUGGUUGGUGCUUGCCUUUUUUAUUUGUAUAUUUUUCAUUUUUGGGGGUGAAUAAUAAUUUGGGAAUGUCAUGAUGACAAGAUUGUAUUCCAAGUUUGUGGAAAAGAUUGUAAUUAUACGAAAA